AUGCGCAGGCAUCCCAGACCCAGAAGCAGCGCGGGGCCGGGCAUGGCGGCGGCGGCGGCCGAGGGUGUCCCAGAGAGCCACCGCGAGGAGCCCGUUCGGGAUGAUGCCGCCGUGGAGACCGCUGAGGAAGCAAAGGAGCCCGCUGAGGCUGACAUCUCUGAGCUCUGCCGGGACAUGUUCUCCAAGAUGGCAACUUACUUGACUGGGGAACUGACGGCCACCAGUGAAGACUAUAAGCUUCUGGAAAAUAUGAAUAAACUAACCAGCCUGAAGUAUCUUGAAAUGAAAGAUAUUGCUGUAAACAUCAGUAGAAACUUAAAGGACUUAAACCAGAAGUAUGCUGGACUACAGCCUUAUCUGGAUCAGAUCAAUGUAAUUGAGGAGCAGGUAGCAGCUCUUGAGCAGGCAGCCUACAAGUUGGAUGCGUAUUCAAAAAAACUGGAAGCCAAAUACAAGAAGCUGGAGAAGCGAUGAAAAACUUAUUCCUAUGGGACAAAGUCUUUUUUAAUGUGGGAAGAAUGUUUUAUAAGACCUGAAUCUUGAGGCUGAUGAAUUGUCAAAACUCCUCAAACGGCAACUAUGCUGGUCGUCCCAGAAACUUUGCAACAUUGGAGUAAACUGGAGGACUCUGGCUACUCCUGGAAGAACUUCUUCUGAGGCAGAAUCCCUCAAAAACUCAUGCUUAUAACUCCUUACCUUCUACUUGAAUGCUUCAUCAUCCAUUCAGGACAGAGACUCUCUCAAAGUUUGCAUAAACCUGGACUUGCCAGUAGAAUCAAACGAGUGGGCCUGUUUUCCCUGGUAGCUGUUGAUUACUACAUUAUUUUCUUAAAUGGUUGGUUUUUGAGUUACUGUGUAAAUGGUUGUUUUUUUCUAUUAAGGAUGUAAUGUAUUGCUAACAAGAUUCUAAAUUUAAAAAGGAAAACAAAACAGUCUUGUUCUUGACAGUUUGUCACCUUGUGAAUGUCAGUAAUUUUCCAUAACAUUGCAAAUAACAGAAAAUCUUAAAACAAUUUCAGGCCAAGUCUUCUAGACUGAACAGAAACAGUGAAAGGAGUGUUGUUGCGAUAGUUUGGUGUAUGUGAUGGGCCCCUCCUGUCUCUUCUCUGUAUGAGUCAGAUGGCUGGGGAUGGAUAUCAUCUUGGCAUGUGCUCCCUUUUGGAAAUAUAAGGACAGGAUGUGUACGUGUGUGUACGUGUUAGGUGGGGAGGUGGGGCUGCCACUCGGGCUGCUACUCAUUAAAUAAAGCAUUUUUAUAAAA